AUGGCUCCUGCUGCGCCCAAGAGCGGGAUCUUCGUUGGUUGAACUCUGAACAAAGGCCACAUCGUCACCAAGCGUGAAUUGGCUCCUCGCCCAUCUGACCGCAAAGGGAAAAGAAGCAAGAGGGUGCAUUUCGUGAGGAACCUGAUUACGGAAGUUGCUGGUUUUGCUCCAUAUGAGAAGAGGAUCACUGAGCUUUUGAAGGUUGGUAAGGACAAGCGUGCUCUUAAGGUGGCCAAGAGGAAGUUGGGUACCCACAAGAGAGCUAAGAAGAAGAGAUGUCCAAGCCCUCGCUGUCUGGUGGUGUUACUGAGAAGAAGUGAGAACUUGAAGUGUUGUGUUAAUGAUUUCCACCAUCUAUUUUUGCUCUAGUUGUUCUAGUUGUUGAUCGUCUUGCGUACAUUUAAAUACAUGGCAACAAUGCAUAAGAAUAUGCUAUAAUCAGAUAUAUGUUUACAUUUUGUUGGAUUUGGGCAUUAUCAACAAAGAUCUGUUUUGAUUUCUCCCUUUCUCCUUUUACUUGAGGUUUUUUUAAUUCAAUUUUGCUUAGGCUGCAUGCAGUAAGUGUCAUUGUUCCUCUUCUCCUCUUGAUUCGUGUAAGUGUCAUUGUUCUUAUUUCACAUAUUUUAAACUAUAAAUUGGGGCCUUUGUUGUUUGCAGGUAAUAAUAAUACAGUCAGAAUACUGGGGGUGGGAGAUGUUUCGGCUCUGCUUGUUGAUGGUUACAGUACAAGGUUUACUGGGCUUCAUCAUGUUGUUGGUAUCUACUAUCUAGUGUUUCAUAUUUUUUUAACUGUAAAAGGGAGGCUAUUUUUGUCUUUUCUGUCUAUAAUGAAAUACAAAUGCAUUGCAAUUUCUCCA